UCUGAGGUUGAAUAACACUACAUAUAUUUUCAACUCAAAAAUAAAAAAUGAUGAUAUAUCCAAAAUUAUAUGCGGAGAAUAAUCGUUUGUCGACGGUUCUUAUAAAAAAACAUUUGACGGAGUACAACCACUUGAUAAAAUGGAAAAAUAGUCCUUCAGUUUUAGAAAUAGGGCAUGGCGAUGGAGGAAGUUCUCAAAGAUCAUUUUUUCCUUUCUUACCAAGAGAUUUGAAAGAGUUCGUAGCCGUCGACAAAUCUGAAAAAAUGGUGGAAUACGCUAAGAAAAACUCUAUUCUGCCAACAAUGAAAAUAGAAAAACUUGACAUCACAACGAAACAACUUCCUGCCGAUUAUAUCAAUAGGUUCGAUCACAUUUUUGGAUUUUUUCUGAUGCAUAUGGUGAAAGAUCCAAGACAAUGUUUUCGAAACAUGCACAAGUCGCUGAAACAAGGAGGGUCUAUAUUUUUGAAUUUUUUUGAGCAGACUCCAAUCGAUGAUUCACUCGACAAAUUAUCGAAGAAUCCGGAAUGGAACAUGUAUGGAGCGGAAAACUUGAUUUCCCCCUAUUACUACAGUUUCAAUUCUCGGUUGAACUGGGAGGAAGAUUUGAAAGAAGCUGGUUUCCACAAUUACGAAUUAUUCGAAGACAGAGGCUCUUUUGAAUUCCGUAAUAGCAAUGAGUUCGACAAUAACCUGCUGUCGGUUUGUAAUUUUCUUCCGAACAUUCCUGCGGACAAACAAGAAGAUUUCAAAGAGUAUUACAAAAAAUUAACUAGAUUAGACGAAACAAUCAAUGUACGAAUUGAAGAUGGAAAGGAGAUUAUUUCUUUCAAUUACAAAAUGUUCAUAAUUAUUGCAACUAAAAACUCCAACGUAAUAGAGAAAAUUCUAAAAAUAAGAUUAGUGAAUUUUACAAGGAAAUUCAAAUUGAUAUCUGAUCAGCAAUACGGAUUCAGGGAGGGAAGAUCAACGAAAGAUGCAAUACAUAAUCUAACUACUUGUAUUUACGAAGCUCUUGACAAAAAAAUUCCAGCAAUGUGCAUCUUCGUUGAUUUAUCCAAAGCUUUUGAUACCGUCAGUCAUACAAAACUCCUGAGAAAAUUAGAGAACUGCGGAAUACGUGGGAAAGCUUACGACAUUUUCGAAAGCUAUCUAUGUGACCGAGAACAGAGAGUUAGUGUCGAUGGAAUCGUGAGUUAUCCCAAAAUUGUUACUUAUGGUGUUCCGCAAGGAACGGUUCUAGGACCAAUCCUGUUUACAAUAUAUUUGAAUGAACUAUUGCAGAAAGAAAUAAUCAGAAAGUUAAGAGUUCGUAGUUCUGCAGAUCAGUGCAAAACAGUUAAUAACAACUGGAUCAAAAUGAUGAUUUUUCCAAAAAUGUUUGCCGAUAGCAAUCGGAUUACAACACAACUGAUCAAGAAGAACUUGAAAGAAUACAAUCACUUGAUAAAAUGGAGAAAUCAACCUUCGGUUGUGGAAAUUGGAUACGGAGAUGGCGGAAGUUCUCAAAAAUCAUUUUUUCCUCACUUACCAAAAGACUUGAAGGAAUUUGUAGCUCUCGACAAAUCCGAAAAGAUGGUGGAGUACGCUAGGAAAAACUCUAUUCUGCCAACAAUGAAAAUAGAACAACUUGACAUAACUACUAAACAACUUCCUCCCCAAUAUAUCAAUAGGUUUGAUCACAUUUUUGGGUUUUUUCUGAUGCAUAUGGUGAAAGAUCCAAAACAAGCAUUCAUGAAUAUGCACAAGAUGCUGAAACAAGGGGGGUCUAUAUUUCUGACCUUUUUUGAACGAACUCCAAUUGAUAAUGCGCUCGAGAAAAUGUUGAAGAAUCCAGAAUGGAACACGUACGGAGUAGAAGAUUUGUUAUCACCUUAUAACAGUAGCCCUGAUCCAAGGCAGGAAUGGGAAAGGAAUUUGAAAGAAACUGGUUUCCAAAAUUACAAGUUCUUUGAAGAUAGUGGCUCCUUCCAAUAUCACGACAGCAAUGAGUUUGACAAUUUGAUGCUGUCAGUUUGUACGUUCUUACCGAAUAUCCCUGAAGAGAAACAGGAAGACUUUAAAAAAUAUUACAGAAAGUUAACAAGGACAGGAAACUUGAUCGAUGUUCAGGUUGUAGAUGGAAAGGAAAUCAUUUCGAUAAAUUAUAAACUGUUCAUCACGUCUGCUUGGAGAUCGUGAUGUGAGUUUCUUGGUAUUUGUUUUCAAUAAAUAACGUCUGACAAAUCUA